AUGGAGAGUGAUAAAGAGUCUAUUUGGUACUGUGUUAUUUUGAAUAGUUCCUGCAUUUCUUCUUGGUUUGAUCUAGAAUCUCCAAAUAUUAUGAAGUUAUCCCAUCUUUGGAAAGGAAUAAUUCGUUCUUGUGUUAAGAAUAAAAUAGUUUGGGACUGCUUUAUUAAUUCGGUCUCUGUAACUUUGGGGACUGGAUCGCGCAUUCGUUUUUGGAAGGAUAAUUGGCUGGAAACUCCGCUUCUUAAUCAAUUCCCUGAGCUGUUUCGUCUUAAUCGGAAUAAGGAUGGAAUAAUUUCUUCUUUCCUGAACAGUGAUCAACCCGGUCUCUUUGAUUUCUCUUGGUCGCGUCGCCUGCGUAUUGGGGAGCAGCACCAACUUUUUCUUUUAGUUCAUCAGCUUCCUCGGCCUGAUCAGUUGCUUCAAGUAGAGGAUAAGUUUGUUUGGAGACGAAAUAAAUCGUUUACUUCAGCUUCUAUGACUGAGCUGUUGUUUUUAUUGACAGCAAAUCAGCAUCAGAUUUCUUCUGUUUUGCUGCUUCGGGUUUGGAAGGAAAGAUUGCCACCACGGAUUCAAUUCUUCGUUUGGCUUCUCGCGCGUGAUCGUAUUUCGUCGAAGGAAUCUUUGGUUAGCAGAGGAAUUAUUGAUCAAGAGCAGUCUUAUUGUCUUCUUUGUGCGGAGGUAGAAUCAGAACUUCAUAUUGUUCUUCACUACAUGUUUGCAUGGAAAUUUUGGUCUUUUAUUCUUUUGGAUUGUGGGAUUACUUGGGUACCUCCUCUUUUUCUAGAUGGUAUUUUCAUUCAGUGGACAUCUCUUUCAGUUGGGAGAUACAAGAACUUUUGGAAGCUUGUUUGGUACUUUGGGAUAUGGAAUUUAUGGAAAGCAAGGAACAAAUGGAUGUUUCAACAUGCGACGACGGAUAUUAAAUCUUUGGUCUUCUCGAUGAUUUGUAAAUCUGUAGAGUUUUACAAAGAUCAACAUCAUGAUUUUCCUUAUUCAGAACGAUGUCUUUCGCUCGAUUGA